AGCAAUUGAAUGCUUAAAUAGCUUACAGUCAAACGCGGCUACAAUAGCCAACUCUACAACGAAGGAUCCUAACAUAAGGAGACAUUACACACUUUCCGAUAUGGCUGUAUACCUCUCUAAAAUGGGCUAUAGCACUACGGAUUUGAACAAAUUAAACGUUAUACAUAUCACAGGUACUAAAGGAAAAGGCAGUACAACAGCAUUCACUUCUAGUAUCUUGCAAUCCUUAUCACCGCGCUCUAAAAUUGGUCUAUACACUUCACCUCACCUUGUAGCAGUUAGGGAGCGUAUACGCAUAAAUGGUAAGCCAAUUACAGAGGAGAGCUUCACAAAAUACUUCUUCGACGUAUGGAACACUCUCGAUAGCGAAGUUAAAAGUCUUGAUGGUGAGACAAUUCUCCCAGCUAAACCUGCUUACUUCCGUUUCCUCACUUUAAUGGCAUUCCAUACGUUCUUAUCAGAGAAUGUUGAUGCUACUGUCCUUGAAGUCGGUAUUGGUGGGACGUACGAUUGCACUAAUCUCGUACCAUCACCGACAGUAGCUGCAGUUAGUAGUCUCGGUUUAGAUCACACAGCCCUACUAGGUAACUCUAUACGCCAAAUUGCCCAAAAUAAGGGUGGUAUAUACAAACAAAACAGACCUGCUAUAUCUGUUAAUCAACCAGAGGAUGGUAUAAAAACUCUCCAAGAGUGUGCAAGCAAGGUUCAUGCACCAUUUACCUUAAUAGACGAUCAAAAAUACAACCUGGAUGAUAUUGAAUUGGGAUUGAAAGGCCAACACCAAAAAUUAAACGCAAAAUUAGCCAUAGAAGCGGCCAAAGUGUUUAUUCAAUUUACAGAUAAUGAUAACUUCAAGAAUAUCCUUCAAAACCACGACUGGAAUGUCCUUCCAGAGGUCUUCGUUGACGGUCUCGUAAACGCCAGAUGGCCAGGCCGUUGCCAAACUGUUGCCGAUCCAUCUCGUCAAAAUACCACUUGGUAUCUCGAUGGAAGCCAUACAACGGAUAGUUUGAAAGCCUGUAUGGAUUGGUUUGGAGAUAUAGUCAAAUCUGACGCUAAUAAUAAACGAUACCUCAUUUUUAACUGCACAAACGGCCGUUCAGCUCAUACAUUACUCUCUACAAUGCUUCAUACGUUCUCAUCAGUCGCAGGUGAAAGUGUAAACAUCAGUACUUUCUUUGAGAAGGUUAUAUUUUGCACUAAUAUUACAUACAUAUCUGGUAAUUUCGCAUCUGAUCUCACAUACAAGAAUAUUAAUCAGAAGGACAUCCAGGAGUUGACUGUGCAGAAUGAGCUCAAGAGUGUAUGGCAUAGUCUCAUACCAGAAUCUGUUGACAAGUCCGUCGUCGCUGUACCUUCAAUUGAAGCUGCGAUUAAGGAGAUUGAUACAUCGGACAGUGAUAAACAAGUACUCGUUUGUGGUUCUUUACAUCUCGUCGGCGGUGUUAUUGAAGUCGCAGGAUUGUCUGAAUUAGCGCUGUAAUCUUUC